GGAAGGAGAAAGAGAAGGAAACUGAGUACUUCCGCGUUUCAUCUCCCAGUAAAGAAUAUUAGUGACAGGAACAGCCUUUCUCCUUAUCAACUGACCAUGACACUGUGAACAUUAACGACUGAAGAUAAUAGACUGAUUUUACUAUAACCAGGAAUAAUCAAUGAAACAAUGUUGCAAGGAUCUAAGAAGAAAGACAAACGUAUUCUGUCGGGUACGUGUCCGGAUCCCAAGUGCCAGGCUCGGCUGUUUUUCCCAGCCUAUGGAGUCAGUAUAGAAUGCACCGAAUGCGGCCAGCGCCAUGAACAAAGAAACCUGCUCAAUGUAGAGGAAGUCACCGACCCAGACGUGGUGCUGCACAACCUGCUAAGGAAUGCUUUGCUGGGGGUCACGGCCCCCAAAAAGGGCACGGAAAUGGUGAAAGUAAUGGGACUGUCCAAUUAUCACUGUAAGCUGCUGUCUCCUAUCCUGACCCGGUAUGGCAUGGAUAAACAAACUGGGAAGGCCAAACUCUUGAGAGCAAUGAACCAAGGGGAAAUGUUUGAUUGUGCCUUGUUGGGUGACAGAGCUUUCCUUAUUGAUCCAGAGCAUAUUGGGACUAUGGGCUAUGGGAAAGACCGCUCAGGGAGUCUGUUAUACCUCCAUGAUACCCUUGAGGAGAUCAAGAAAGCAAAUAGUAAUCAAGAAUGUUUAAUCCCUGUACAUGUUGAUGGUGAUGGCCAUUGUUUAGUUCAUGCUGUUUCCAGGGCUUUGGUGGGCAGAGAACUUUUCUGGCAUGCUUUGCGUGAAAAUCUCAAACAGCACUUUAAGCUAAACCUGGAUCGCUACAAGGCAUUAUUCCAUGACUUCAUUGAUGCAGCAGAAUGGGAGGAUAUCAUUAAUGAGUGUGAUCCUUUGUUUGUACCUCCCGAAGGAGUACCUUUAGGUCUACGUAAUAUUCACAUAUUUGGUUUGGCCAAUGUAUUGCAUCGUCCAAUCAUUUUACUGGAUUCCCUGAGUGGAAUGAGAAGUUGUGGUGAUUAUUCAGCUACGUUUCUCCCAGGAUUAGUUCCUGAAGAAAAGUGUUGGGGAAAGGAUGGACAGCUUAAUAAACCUAUUUGCAUUGCAUGGAGUAGUUCAGGGCGCAACCAUUAUAUACCUUUGGUUGGAAUAAAAAGGGGUCCUUUACCCAGGCUUCCUUUAAAACUGUUGCCUAAAGCCUGGGGUGUUCCACAGGAGCUUAUUAGGAAGUACAUACAGUUUGAAGAUGACAGCUGUACAUUAGGAGGUGACCGAAGUUUGCAGGACAAGUACUUGCAGAGGCUGGUUGCUGCGAUGGAAGAAAUUUUCUUGAAGACGCAUGAUAUCCACCCUUCUUUGGUAGCAGAUGUUCAUCAGUAUAUAUACAGAAGGACAGGGGUGAUUGGAAUACAGCCUGAAGAUGUUACUGAAGCUGCAAAAAAGGCUGUAAUUGAAAAUCGUUUGCAGAAAUGUUUGAUUUGUGGUGCUCUUUCCGAGCUUCAUGUGCCUACAGAGUGGCUAGCUCCAGGAGGAAAGCUGUAUAACUUAGCUACAAGCACCCAUGGCCAACUGAAGCCAGACAAAAAUUACAGCUUCCCUGUUAACCAUCUGGUCUGCUCUUAUGACCCUAAAGAAGAUGUACUGGUGCCAGACUAUAAUUUGAGUCAUUUAACAUCUUGCAACUGGUGUCAUGGUACUUCCAUGCGCCAUGUCAGAGGGGACGGUUCUGUUGUGUACUUAGAUGGAGAUCGAACUAAUGCCAGAUCUGCUGGAGGCAAAUGUGGCUGUGGCUACAAGCAUUACUGGGAAGGAAAGGAAUAUGAUAACUUACCUGAAGCAUUUCCAAUAACCUUGGAAUGGAAUGGAAGGGUGGUUCGAGAAACUGUUUAUUGGUUUCAAUAUGAAAGUGAAGUGGCUCUAAACAGCAAUGUUUAUGAUGUUGCAAUGAAGCUUGUUACCAAGCAUUUUCCAGGUGAAUUUGGAAGUGAAAUCUUGAUUCAGAAGGUUGUUAACACAAUAUUACAUCAUACAGCCAAAAAGAAUCCUGAUGAAUAUACUCCAGUCACUGUUGAAGGGGCACAUAGUCGUCGAGUUGGUGACUUUCAAGAUGAGCCAAUAUCAGAGCCACAUUUACCUACCAAAAUUAUUUUAAUGGGUCAGAAAUCAAAGACUCUGCAUAAAGAAGAACUGAACAUGAGUAAAACUGAACGAGGUAUCCAGCAGAAUAUUACUGACCAUGCAGCUAUUGUGCAAAAGCGGAAAACUGACAAAUUACGCCAGGAUCAAAAAGUACCAGGCCAACCAUCUUCUCCUGGAAUUGUUAAAGAUGGAUCAUCAUCUGCUCCAGCCACUCCCAUUAAAUCCCCUUAUUCUGCAUCGCCUACCAAGGAAAAAAAGAUUAGAGUAACCACUAGUGAUGGGAGACAGGCAACACUGACCCUCCAAGCAUCUGUAACAUUUUCAGAAUUUCAAGAAAGCAUAGCUAAAGAAUUUAACCUUCCUCCACAUUUGCAAUGCAUACGGCAUGGCUUUCCUCCAAAGGAACUGCAUCCACCUAAAGUGGGAUGGGAGAACGAGGUUUUGCCCCUGCAACAUGGUGAUCGUGUUUCUGUGGAGAUUCUGAAGGACAGCAAGGAACCCAUUCCUGCUGCUUCAACAUCUGCAGCUCAUUCCUGGAAAACCGAAGAACCUGAAGCAUCUGGCAGAGCUUCUGUUAAGGAUAUGCAAGACCAUAUUGAUCUUGAAAUGUCUUCCCUCUGUCUUCUAGCAACCUUAAUGGGAGAAGAUGUUUGGUCAUAUGCAAAGAAGUUACCACACUUAUUUGAACAAGGUGGAGUGUUCUAUAGCACAAUGAAGAAAGACGUAGGUUUGGCAGAUGGCAAGCACUUUACUCUCCCCCAUCUUCCUGGUAAGACAUUUGUGUAUAAUGGAACAGACGAUAGGCUGGAGCUGUGCAUUGACCCAGCAGGGCACAUCCCUAUUGGUCCUGACAUUGACAAUUUGAUCAAAGAGGCCUUAAGUCAAUUACGGUCUGAGGGAGGGUCAAGAAGUAGGGAAGGAAGUCCUUCCUCACAUGGAGGGAUGAAACUUGGCAGUGGAGGAGUGGUGCGAAAAAAAUCUGAACAAAUGCCAAAUGUCACAGCUUUUCAAGGAAAAGGCCAUUCCCUUGGAACUGCUUCAAGUAGCCCACAGUUGGAGCAGAGGCAUAGCAGGGAAAUGCAAGUGCCUAGGAAACCAAGCACUGGUAGUUCUUUGGGAACAGAUCUUAGUUAUGGUAUUAGCAGGUCUAGUCCCAAACAUGGGGCAUCCCCACCCAAGUCCAGCAGUGGGGAUAGUCAGCUAAUACGAAUGGCACCAGGUUUUGUAACAAUGAGAGACGGUAGGCAACUUGACCCCAAUUUAAUUGAAGCACAACGUAAAAAGUUGCAGGAGAUGGUAUCUUCCAUUCAAGCCUCCAUGGAUAAACACUUGAAGGAUCAAAAUGCAGAACAAUCAAUACCUAAUGAAGUCCCUGAAUCAAAAGUACAUUCUCCAACUUCCUCAGUUCAAUUAAUAAUGAGAACUGAAAGCCUUCAAACUGAUGCACUGGAGCCACCAUCAAUCACUCCACAAGCAGGUGACAAUGAGAAUUUGAGCAUGGAAACAACAUCUGUUGGUGUGGAACUGCUAUCCCAUCCAUCUGUACCAUCCAGCAAGGCGCAGAAUGGAAACCUUUUGAAUGAAGACCUUGAAGAAAUGGAAAGUCAGGAAAUAGAGGGGACAAUUGAACCAAUGGAUCACUCUUGACUUCAUGUAAAAAUGGAUACUAUGAAGCUUGGCAGAGCUGGGCUUUGUACAAGAGCCAUGUCUUGGCAAAAGGAAUUCAUCGUGUUCAAAAGACAGAAUAAGAUUCAAUCCCCCUAUGCAUUGCAUGACAGCAAGAUUUUUCUUGGUGAUCCACAUGACAGCUUCUGCCCAUAUUAGUCCACAGAACCAUAAUUAUUAGCUUAACCUUGAAUGAUAUUCUGUUGUUGAUGUAGCUCUCAGUGAGAGCUCUGGUAAAAAGAGAUGAGUCUCAUAAGAAUACAUUUUCCUGAUGCAUUCAAAAUUUGAUUUUAGCAAUAUUAGUUGAUGGUGAUGUUUGUGCUAGAAACAAAAUACUGGAAUGUGAAGUUGCAUAAGGUCAUAUUUGGUGUACAUCCAUUAAAACAAAAUAAAUAUAGUGCUCUUUAGAAAUAUCCAAACAGCCAUUCCACUGUCCUGUCUUUUCAGGCUUGGGCAGGGACUGAGGCCUAGGUUAAUAAAAGUUGUCUAUAUUUUUGGUUUAGCACUUUGCUGAAAUAAUCUAAGUCAUCUAAUGUGAUUAGCCAUGAUGAAAAAUAAAGGUAUCAAUUAUCUUUCCACAGAAAUAUUCUUCACAGAUCUGAGAAUAACCAAAAGUUUGAUUUUUUCGUGACAAACUAAACUGUGAUCUUAGUGCAGGAGUAAUCCAAUUGGUAGUGACAAAAUGACCUACAGUAAAAACAUUUGAUUGCUGCACUUUGUUUAUUUCCAUUGUGUGCAGAUAGUUUUGCCUGAGUGCUUAAGUAGAGAUGGAAUACCAGUUGCUUUGAAACUGACCAGUUCCAUACUUGCAAAUCCUCUUUGCUUGAGCAUAGGUUCAAAUUCAGUAUUUAUAAAAUUCUGUACUAAUAUAAAAUAUUAGAUUUUGGUCUAGAUAGUAUGUGAUAAAGUAGAAUUGGAAAAAAAAACUUUGUCCUAAAGUUUAGUAACUAUCUUGGGGAAAAAAGGAAUAAGUUGCACUGAAAGAUAAUAUUUGUUGGGAGAGAACUAAGAACUUUCAUUCAGCAUUUUUCAGGGCUCCACCACAAAUCACUUUUUUUGAUCCAAAAACCUUUGGUGCUGUUUCCCAAAGUGCUCCCCAAAAUUGAUUUAACUUUGAGUUAAAUAAAAGGAGGAAAGAUCCAAUAUUAUCUUUUAAAAGAAACACAACUUCUGAAAUGUUGGUUUUGUAUUUAUUUUCCAUUACAGUUGUUGGCCAGCAAUAUGAGUCUCCAGGCUUUUGUCAGACUGGAUAUCGCACCCAUUGUUGUAAAGCAAAAUAAGUACGAUAAGUACAAUAUUCCACUCUUAUAGCAACUGAAAGGAAUUGAAAAUUAAAAUGCUUCAAAACAAAAUUGUAGAGUUUUGCAGGUUUCAAAAGUAAGAUAUCAAAUUCACUAGACAUUUAUUUUCUUGUUGCUUAAUUCAUAGUUUUUGCUUAUUAUUGAUCAUCUUAUCUUCAUCCAUUUACUUGAGCUUAAAAUAUCAUCACAAGUAUUUAGCUAUGGUGCAAAAAGCACUGCAAUGCUUUUUUUUAAUAAAUUACAAUUUGAGUUCCUUUAUCCUCACUCAAAACACCAAGUUGUAUCAAACACAUCGCGCUCUAUAUUCCUCUUAUAUGAUUGCAAAUUCUGAGAAAAACUGAUGUCUUUCUCCACUAUUAAAGAUGCCAUUCUGUGGUGUGUGCAGUCACUGGUAAUGGUAGUAUUUAUUAUUGCAGUUAAACAGCGUGAUUAUUAACUGUAGCGGAUGAUUUUACAGUAAUAGUGUGUAAUGAACAAUUUUAACAAGACUAAGUUGUAGUGGGAAAGGGAAGAACUACCAAAUAUUUUCUGAUUUUUGAAAUGCAAACUCUGAUAUUGCCACUGAAUGAAUAGGUAGUUUUUACUCCUUGUAUGUGAAAUCAUAAUGCAAAAACCUUAAUCAGUAAAAUUUCAUAAGAAUAAGUCUGCCUUACUUAUUUUUUAAAAGAGAUUCAUAAAUCCACUAUUACACAAAAUGUUCGAAAUAUGCUCUGGAAAUAAACUUCAAUGAUUUCCCUUUCGCGAAAACAGGAAGUUAAGUGUUUCUGCUUUUCAUUUAGACUGUGCUUGAAAUAGCCAGUAUCGUUGUCUGUUAAUCUUAAUAUUAACUUAAUUUUGCUUUUUUAAUAGGCAGAUUUCAUUUAAUUUAUAGUGAUCGUUAUGGCUAUUGAAUCAUUUUUAAAGAUGCUUAGAGACUUGCUGUAUACUUUACACAUUUCAUAAAUAUUUACAUUCUUAGCAUGCAAAAAUGAAUGUGUUUUCAGACAAAGGUAUUGAUUAAAAUAAAAAUUAAAUUUCACAGGAAUGGUGAGUUUUUCAUGACUCUUAGAAAUGAGCUGUAUGCUGGCAGUUUGGGCCUUAAAUUACAUUAAUGAUUCAUUUGCUUUUGAAUUUGAUUUUAGGUAAUUUGUGAGGAUUACAAGACAGCUCCAUUAAGCAUGUACAUUAAAAUUCAUUAGCAUCUUUCCAUGGGAUUUUCAACUUUUGUCCUUUUAAAUGCGAUAGCAGAACUCAUGCAAAGUAUUAUUGGAUGGGAAUUUCUGUAGAGAGUGAUAUAACUAAAAAACAAAAUAUAAAAAUGUAGAUAAAUUGGGAGUGCAAAGCAGGCCUAAAGUUAAAUAUCCCACAGAGCUGGAUUUCAUUUUGCUGUGUUUGCCAUCCAGUUAUUAGAACAUGUUGUAACUCUCCCUGAGUAUGUAUGGAUAGUGUAUUGUAUAUAUGCUUUAUUUUUAGUGGAGAAAAUGUCCCUGUUUAAGAGAAAAUGACAACAAUUGAUAAUAGAUAAUAAGAAAUGUACUGACAUUUAUGAAAACAGGACAACACUGGCAAUUGUUCAGCAAAUUUGGUUUGUUUAUAUUUGUGGUUGCUGUACUAAGUAUCUAAAAUGAAUUCCUCUAUAAUGUAACACCUGUGUAUUAUAAUAGUAUAUAUUGUACAGUACUAUAAGUGACUUGUACAGUACUUGGAGUUCUUUUCUUGAAUGCUUAUUAAACAAAAGUGGUACAUUCUAUAAGUACCAGCUUGCUGUUAGCAUGAGUUAUGAGCAUAUAUUGAAGGUGCAAUAAAUUAAAAUGUUUCACGUG